ACAAAUAUUAUUAAAUAAAUGAUGACAUUUUAUUCGUCUGUUGCUGUUCUUCUUGUAUUUCUUUGGUGCUUUUGUGAGGUAUCUUUGACUGAGACUCAAAACCAUGGUUUCACGGUGGAACUAAUACAUCCCAAUUCUCCAAAAUCACCAAUCUACAAUAUCAUGGAAUCUGAAUUGGAACGAGUUUCAAAGGUAAUGCAACAUUCAAUGAAUCGUAUCCAUUAUCUUAAUCAUGCUUUAUUUGUGUCGUCUCCAAAUAAAAACAUGCCUGAAAGCACUAUAACACCGUUUAUGGGUUUAGGUUAUAUGAUGAAUUAUUCAAUCGGUACUCCACCUGUUCAACUUUAUGGGGCUAUAGAUACGGGCAGUGACUUGAUUUGGUUUCAAUGCAAGCCGUGUAGUAAACAAUGUUUCAACCAAACAUCACCAAUGUUUGACCCUUUAAAAUCUUCAACCUAUAAAACUAUUCCUUGCUCUUCCCCCACAUGCAAAUACCUACAACAAAAAGGUAAUUAUUGCUCUUCCAACAAAAAAGAUAAUUGCGAAUUUGAUAUUGUUUACGAUGAUAAGUCAGAUUCAAAAGGAGAUCUUAGUGUUGAAACUCUUACUUUAAACUCUAAUGAUCGCUCUACUAUCUCGUUCCCGAGAAUUGUAAUAGGAUGUGCACACAAAAAUAAUUUGCAAGUAGAUGGGAUUGUCUCUGGUAUAAUUGGCCUUGGACGUGCACGUUUGUCAUUGAUAUCUCAAUUGGGUUCUUCAAUUGGUGGAAAAUUUUCGUAUUGUUUCGUUCCUUAUUUUUCAAAAUUACCUCACAGCUCUAGUAAAUUAUAUUUUGGAAAUAGAGCAACAGUUUCGGGUCCAGGUACAGUCUCAACUCCCUUAUUACAAAGUUUCAAAGGUGGUUUAUUUUUAGACAAUUUUUACAUCACAAAUUUGGAAGCAUUUAGUGUGGGAAAUGAGAUUAUAAAAUUGGAGCAGUCCAUAUUUGGAUUUGGUAAAGGAAAUACUGUUAUUGAUUCAGGAUCAACAUUAACUAGUUUGCCAAAAGAUGUUUAUUCUAAGUUGGAAUAUGCAGUUUCAAGCAUGGUUAAAUUAGAGCGUGUUAAGGAUCCUACUAAGCAAUUAAGCCUUUGCUACAAAACUCCUUUUGAAAAGAAGUUGGAGGUUCCUAUUAUAACUGCACAUUUUAGUGGCGCAGAUGUAAAACUAAAUGCUCUUAACACCUUUUAUCAAACAGAUCAUGAGGUUUGGUGCUUCGCAUUUGUCACAGGAGCACAGUUUCCUCGAGGUGUCAUCUUCGGCAAUGUAGCACAACAAAACUUUUUAGUUGGAUUUGAUCUCCAAAAAAAUAUUAUUUCUUUUAAGCCUGCAGAUUGCAUCGAGCAAUAAAUAUAUAUGUGCUUCAAUUUGCUGUUUAUUAAUUAAUUAAUUACUGUAAUAAAAGUAAGUUUUGUACUAUGCUGAUAAAA